AUGUUUUCACUUUUUCGUAUUGAAGAUGUACUAAAUAUUGAAGCUCAUUUUAAAGAUGAAGAAAUAAAAAGUGUAAUUGAAUUUUUAUUAAGAGCUAAAUAUAUUGAUAAAGUUUUACAAAAUGUUGGUUUUUGUGUUGGUUUAUAUGAUAUAUUAGAAAUAAAAAAUAAAGAAAUAUUGAUAGGAAGUGGUGAAAUUAGAUUUAAAGUAAUUUUUCGUUUAGUCUUUUUUCAACCAUUUGAAAAUGAAAUUAUUGAAGGAUAUGUUAAAAGUUCUGAUUAUAAUGGAAUAAUAAUAAGUUUAGGUUUUUUUGAAAAUAUAAGAGUUAAUUGUGCAAAUUUAAGAGAACCUAAAGAAUUUGAUGAAGAAAAGAAAGAAUGGUAUUGGAAUUAUGAAGGAAUUAAAUUUUUUUAUACAAAAAAUGAGUUGAUAAGAGUGAGAAUUUUAGAUACAUAUUUUAGUGAUCCAAAUGAGAUGAAUAAAGAUGAAUCAAUACCAUCGAUGUCUAUAACGGCAACUGUUCAACAAGAUGGAUUAGGUUUAGUUAAAUGGUGGACAUAA